AAAAUAAAAUGGCCGGAGGUAAAGCUGGAAAGGACAGUGGAAAGACGAAGCAGAAAGCGGUCUCAAGAUCUGCUAGAGCCGGACUACAGUUUCCUGUUGGAAGGAUUCAUCGUCACCUGAAGAGUAGGACGACCAGCCAUGGACGAGUUGGAGCUACGGCUGCAGUCUAUAGUUCAGCUAUCCUCGAGUAUCUCACUGCUGAGGUUCUGGAGUUGGCUGGUAAUGCGUCUAAGGAUCUGAAAGUAAAGAGGAUUACUCCCAGACAUCUUCAGCUUGCUAUCAGGGGAGACGAGGAACUGGAUACGCUGAUCAAGGCAACUAUUGCUGGUGGAGGAGUUAUUCCUCAUAUUCACAAGUCUCUGAUCGGAAAGAAGGGAGAGGGAACCCUGCCCGUCAAGAGCCAGUAGAUCUACAACUCAACUCUAUCAAGACACUAUUUUUCGUUUAAUUAUAAUCGCCAGACUGUAAAUAUAUAUUUACUACUAAAAAAAUAACGUACGUAAGCUUUUCUACUUGACCUUUAGAUGAUUUCAUAAUUCUUGGACUAUUUUUGUUCAGA